AUGCCGGUAACAUACGGCCCACAACCACUUAAACCAUUGAACACACAAAUGAGGCACGGGUUUGAGGAACAAUAUGACACUCAAUUUAUUCAAUCAUUAGUGAACAACUUCAUCUUUUACUUCGACGAUAAGAGACACCGUACCAAUGGGAACCCGAUACCGCAGGCCAUAAAACUACAAGACAAGGACCAUUAUUAUCAAACUAUAUCCGAUUGGAAAAUAAUGAAAGAUAGACAGAAGACUGUCAGUGCGGCUCUUUUGCUCUGUUUGAAUUUGGGAGUGGAUCCUCCAGAUUUGGUAAAAACUCAUCCUUGUGCACGGAUGGAAUCAUGGGUAGAUCCACUCAAUUUCCAGGACUCUAAGAAGGCCAUUGAACAAAUCGGGAAGAACCUGCAAUCACAAUAUGAAACUCUAUCUCUGCGGUGUAGAUAUAAGCAAAGUUUAGAUCCUUGUGUGGAAGAUGUAAAACGGUUUUGUAACUCUCUAAGAAGGAGUUCCAAAGAUGAUAGGAUCUUAUUCCAUUACAAUGGUCACGGUGUGCCACAACCAACACCUUCUGGGGAAAUUUGGGUAUUUAAUAGAGGUUAUACACAAUAUAUUCCAGUUUCCAUCUAUGAUUUACAAAGUUGGUUGGGUGCACCUUGUGUUUAUGUCUAUGAUUGUAAUAGUGCAGGAAACAUAGUCACCAAUUUUCAAAAAUUCGUUCAAAAAAGAAUUAAAGAUGAUCAAGAAGGUAAUCAUGAUGCAGCAGCUCCAUCCCCAACUGCUGCAUAUUUGCAAUGUUUUCAAUUGGCAUCAUGUAGAGCUAAUGAAUUAUUAUUAAUGAGUCCUGAACUCCCUGCAGAUUUAUUCACUUGCUGUCUAACAUGCCCUAUCGAAAUUAGUAUACGAAUAUUCUUAAUGCAAUCACCUCUAAAACAUUCAAAAUACAAGAUAUUUUUUGAAUCCACAUCCAAUGACAGUAAUACCGAGUCUUUUAAAGCAAAUGUUCCCACAGUUUCAAUACCAGGUGUAUUAUCAGAUAGAAGGACGCCUUUGGGGGAACUUAAUUGGAUUUUUACGGCAGUGACAGAUACUAUAGCAUGGACAUCAUUACCAAGACCACUAUUUAAAAAGUUGUUUAGACAUGAUUUGAUGAUUGCAGCUUUAUUUAGAAAUUUUCUUUUGGCAAAGAGGAUAAUGCCAUGGUAUAACUGUCAUCCCAUAUCGGACCCCGAAUUGCCUGAUUCCAUUGCAGAUCAUCCAAUGUGGAAAUCCUGGGAUUUAGCUAUGGAUGAAGUAUUAGGCAAGUUAGUUACCGAACUGAAAAAUUCACCACCUACAUCAGAUCUGGAAAAACAAUUGAUUCUUCAACAAAAUGAUGUCAAUUCAGGCAUAACCCAACAAUCAGCAAAGGUACAACCUGGGAAACAAAAAAUACAGCCGGAAAGUAUCCAAACACAAUCAAAGUUCGCAGUCAGCAAUUUAAGUACCAUUUCAUUAGUAAACCAUCCCGCGCUGCAAAAUCAAGGAAAGAAAGUGCAAAAUGUUGUAUUACCAUCAAAUUCCCAACAAUCACAGCAGCAACAGCAGCAACAACAGCAGUUUACGGGAUUUUUCGAACAAAAUUUAACCGCAUUUGAACUUUGGCUGAAGUAUGCCUCUAAUUCAAGGCAUCCACCAGAACAAUUACCUAUUGUUUUACAAGUCUUACUUUCUCAAGUGCAUCGUAUUAGAGCAUUGGUUCUACUCUCUCGAUUUUUGGAUUUAGGUCCAUGGGCUGUCUAUCUUUCGUUGUCUAUAGGUAUCUUCCCUUAUGUUUUGAAACUUCUACAAAGCCCUGCUCCCGAAUUGAAACCAAUUUUGGUAUUCAUUUGGGCAAGAAUAAUGUCAAUUGAUUACAAAAAUACUCAAGCUGAGUUGAUCAAAGAAAGAGGAUACAUAUAUUUUAUCAGUAUACUAGUUCCAGAAUGGGGAUAUAAUCUAACUCCAUCAAGGUCGACUUCAUUUAUAAAUGGAGUACCUAUGACUCCGACUACUCCAACUACUCCAAGUUUGCCUAUGGGAGCGCAGCCACCACAUGCAAACGAUACAACAGAUGAACAAAAGGCUAUGGCAGUAUUUGUUCUAGCAUCUUUUGUUAGAGAUUAUAAACCAGGCCAGAAGUUAUGUUUCAGUUUAGAACUUAUUACUAAAUUAUCCUUCUACAUUGAUAACUCAGAUAUCCCCUUGUUGAGACAAUGGUGUAUACUUCUCAUUGGGUUACUAUAUAUUCAAAAUCCAUUGAAUAAAUUUAUGUGUAUGAACAAUGGAACUCUCGAAACCUUACUUCUAACUUUAAAAGACCCAGUUCCUGAAGUGAGAACAGCCGUCAUAUUAACUUUAAAACAUUUCAUUUCUGAUUUGGAUGACGCUGAUAUAAUAAUCCGUACACAACAAGAAUAUGAGCAACAAAUUUCCCAAAUUCAUGCUCAACUACAACAAUUACAAAAUUCACCUCAACAACAACAGCAUAAUGUUGAACAACAACAAUUAAAGUUGGAACAACAAUUGAAUCAUAUUCAGUUAAUGGAAUCUCAAUUGGAAAAUGUGGAGUUAAUCAAAUUGAAACAACAAGAAUUAUCAAAUCUGAUUGCCACAUUAGCCUUAAUAAAUGAUGGAUCCCCAUUAGUGAGAAAGGAAGUCAUCAUUUUUUUUUCACAAAUCGUUUACCGUUACACAAAUUUCUUCCUCGUUGUUGUCUUCAACGAAUUGACAGAUGAAAUUAGCCAAUUAGAAGGAAAGGAUAUGGAACAAUCGAAACCAAAUUAUGGAGAAAAUAGACACUCAGUAAGUCAUGGUUCUGUAUUUAGUACUGUUUGGAAGGCAUUAUUAAUCUUAGCCGAGGAUCCAUAUCUUGAAAAUAAAAAAAUGGCUGAACAAGUUGUGGAUUAUAUCUUGUUGGAAUUAAGCUCACAGAAUGAAUUGGGUUCAGUAUUUGGUAAGAUUGAACAUUAUUUAGUGAAGAGAAGUACACAGAUGACAGGUACCACAAAUCUUAAUUUCAAUGCAACACAAAUUCAAAUUGGGAAAAAUACUUUACGUCAGUUCAAUAAGAACAAAGAAACUGAUUCUUCCUUGAAUAAUAACACCAAUAAUUUAAACUCUAAUGAUCCAGACAGAUUUGUUACACUAUCUAGACUAUUUAAGAAGCUAGGGUUUGGUGAACCUACUCUUGAAAGUGAUAGUGUGAGAGCCAAAAAACCAUCAAAUAUACAUUUAUUAGGUGCCGCAUACGGUACAUCUUAUACGGUUCAGACUCCUUUUUUCCUUGAACAUAAAGAACAAUUACCUCUCCCAUUGGAAAGUAGGUUUUUUGACUAUUCAUGUGAAUAUUUUCAAGAACCGCAAAUGAGAAAACCAGAAUCUGAUGAAGUUGGAAGUCUAGAAUAUAAUUCCAGACUUUGGAGAAGAAACAGAAAUGAAAAAAUAAUUGAAGAAACUCAAAAACAAAAAAAACUAUCAUUAUACGGUAACUGGAAUAAUAAGAUAGCGAUACUUGAUAACAAAACUCAACCAAAAGUAUUAAAAUUUACUCAGUUUGAGGAUUAUUUAGUAUCGGCAGAUGAUCGUGAUAAUAUAACUGUAUUCGACUGGGAAAAUAAAACCAGAUUAAACAGAUUUUCUAACAGUAAUCCAUUUGGCACAAAAAUAACAGAUCUCAAAUUUUUAAAUGAGGACGAUAUAACUCUUUUGUUGACAGCAUCAUCCGAUGGGAUAAUUAAAGUAUACAGGAAUUUCCAGUCAAAAGAUGAUGUCCAGGAAAUUUCAGCAUGUAGGGCCCUGACUGAUAUGUUACUAGCACCAAGGUCUAGUGGUCUCUUAACGGAAUGGCAACAAAUUCGAGGAUCUCUUCUGGCUACUGGUGAUGUUAAAAUAAUUAGAGUUUGGGAUGCUCAUACAGAAACUGUUGAAGUAGAUAUUCCAGCGAAAACUUCUUCUUUAAUUACAGCCUUAACCUCUGAUCAAUUGGCGGGUGACAUUUUUACAGCUGGGUUUGCAGAUGGUUCUUUAAGGGUAUAUGACCGCAGAAUGGAUUCAAGAGAUUCGAUGGUUCGUCGUUGGAGGGCGGGGAAUGGUGUGCAUGGAACGUGGAUAAAUAAUGUCCAUCUUCAAAGAGGUGGCUAUAGAGAGCUGGUGAGCAGUACAACGAAUGGUGUCGUUCAAUUGUGGGAUAUCAGAUCCCAAGAACCUGUUCAGACAUUUGUUGAUGAAAAUUCCCAUGGGAAUCAAAAAAAGGAUACCACGAUGACUUGCAUGCAAGUUCAUGAACAUGCUCCAAUCAUUGCCACCGGAACAAGACAGCUUAAGAUAUGGACAACGUCUGGUGAUCUUAUUGCAAAUUUCAAGAAUAAUCGUGGUGUAAGUGGAGGUAUGGCGAAUACUCUAGCGGCAUCAGGAAUUGGCUCUUCUUUGUCCUAUUCUGGAUCAUCUAAUUCUUUCUUAUCUUCUAUGACGUUCCACCCUCAUAGAAUGCUGCUUGCAACGAACAAUUCACAUGAUGCUAGUAUUAGUGUUUAUAAAUGUCAGGAUAAAAAGGUAGCCGAAUAUUGA